UAAAGUGUGUAUACAACUAACGGCCCUAAUUAUCAGCUAAAUCUUUUAAAAUAUAAUGGUAUCUUAGGGUUUCUCUAAAUUCAUUCUUGUGUCACAGAGUUUAAUAAUGUUUAUUACUCAGGAAUCUUAAAGUCGAGUUUAUGAGAUUCCUUGUUUUUCCAAUUUAAUUCUGGACAUUUUGUCUCUAAUUUACCGUUAUUUUAGUUUGUUAUAUAUUAAUUCACUUCAUUUGACUGGUAUCUCGAAAUGUCGAUUCUGCCCAUUCUUCUAUUUUUGUUUGCUCAGGCGAUUUCCGGGAUGAAACCAGCCGGAAACACAUGCCGCCUUCCAGCCUUAAACAAUACUAUGAACAGGUGUGUUCAAACCUUAAAGGAUUUAUCAAACGGCUUACUGUCAAUUCCCAAUAAUACUGUUCACAAGUUCCAUGUGAAGAAAUCGUUUGACGGUGGAAAGAACGUGGUGAGUGUUCAUUUGGGCAAAUCAGAUGACUUGGUCAAGCCCAUGAUGUACUCCAACGAGAACUCACUUGACCCUAAUGUUAAGCCCAAAUUCCAGAAAAACUAUCUUAAUCUUGAUGAGUUAUCAGUAAACUACACACAUAAACUUGAUCAAGAUCUAUCUUAUACCGGUAACGUUGUAAUUGAUUUACCAAGAACUGCCCAAAUUUUCCUUAAAGGGGUUGGAGGUGCUGAGGUGAAAACUGUCAAUGUUGACACCCGUGACGUUCUAAAGAGACUAGAUUUCAUUCUUAGAUAUCGCAAUACACUGGUUGGAGGAUCAUACAACUUUCGCUCAAAGGAGAAGAGUGUUGAGUUGAUUCAGAGGUUGGAGAACCUGUACAGGUUAUAUGGCAAGAACAUGAAUGUUACACCAAAGUUGGAAUUAAUGUUUGACAAAAACAAUAAACUGUCAACUAGAGCUUGCCUAGUCAUGAAAAGAGAUAAUUUAACAAUUACACCAAUCAUUUAUCCAAACCAAAAAAAAUGCGAAUUGGCGGCUGAAGCAAAGUUAACUGACGAGGUUAAGUUCGGAGUGUUCGUUAGCAAGGACAAGAAUUUGUACUUGAACCUAAGCUAUGAAUCAAACUGGGGGAAACAUUCAUGGCAGCAAUUUUCUCUACGAUUCGUACUAUCCGACGUAUUGAAAUCAUACGCAUAUCUACAGAAUGAACUCCAACUUUAAUAUGAUUUAAACUUUUAUGGUCACAA